AUGGCUGAUACUGCAAACCCGGAAAAGUCAGCCAUUGACACCAGCUCAAUGGAGAAGGAUGUCGGAGGUGGUAAAAAUGACCCAAUGUUUGGCGAUCUCAGAAACGCCGAUGGGUCGUCGCUGCGCAGCGGCGAAGAUAUCCUCUCCCUGCAGGAUCUCGACCCCGCCUUGAACAUGAAGAUGCAUCUUGUGAACAACGCAAUUGACGAGAUUGGCUGGACUGGCUACCACUGGAAACUCUUCUUCCUCAAUGGAUUUGGCUAUGCCGUCGAUUCCUUGAUCCUCCUAUUCCAAUCCAUUGUUGCCCCGUCCGCUUUCCGCGAAUUCGGCCAGCACGGCUACGCCAAUGCGCUCACCAUCGCCGUGUACGUCGGUAUGCUGACGGGCGCCAUUUUCUGGGGUUUCAGCGCCGAUGUCAUUGGUCGCAAGUGGGCUUUUAACAUUACCCUCUUCAUCUGCUCUGCAAGCUGCGUUAUCGCUGGUGCUAUGCCCAACUGGCCAUCCCUCGCAUUCUUCAUCGCCCUUCUCGGCUUUGGUGGAGGCGGCAACCUCAUCCUAGACACAACCGUCUUCCUCGAGUAUCUUCCUGGCAAUAAGCAGUGGCUCUUGACCUUCCUGGCGGCAUGGUGGGGCCUCGGACAGGCCAUCACUGGUUUCAUUGCCUGGGGAUUCAUGGUUCCUGGAAAAUGGAACUGUACCGAUGUUGAGACUUGUACAAAGGCCAACAACUGGGGCUGGCGAUAUAUGCUCUUCACCGGUGGUGCCAUAGUGUUCGUCAUGUCGGUUCUUCGAAUCACGGUGGUCAGACUGCGUGAGACGCCCAAGUAUCUCCUCGGCCUUGGUGAGGAUGCCAAGGUGGUGGAGACGUUCCAGUUCUUGGCUGCCAAGUACAACCGCCCAUGCUCCCUGACUCUUGAGAAGCUCGAAGCCUGUGGAAAGAUUCGAUCGGCUCACGGCAAGAAGCUGUUUUCCUUCUCCGAAACCCGCAUUCAUUUCCGUGGACUCUUUAUCAACAAGAAGAUGACAAUCUCCACCAUCCUGGUCUGGGUUUCGUGGGCUUUGAUCGGCCUCAUCUACCCGCUCUUCUACGUAUUCCUUCCUACCUACCUUGCCAACCACGGCAGAGUCUUUGAUCGAACCACCUUCGAAACGUGGCGCAACUACUGCAUCACCAACAUUUGCGGUAUUCCCGGUCCGAUCAUUGCAGGAUACAUGUGCAACACAAAACUGCUUGGCCGCAAAUACACCAUGUCCAUUGGCGCUUUGAUUACCUGUGCUUUCUUCUUUGCCUACACCGCAGUCAAGACCGCAGCCCAAGAUACGGCCUUUACCUGCCUGAUCGCGUGUUUCCUAAACAUCUACUAUGGCACGCUGUACGCCUACACUCCGGAGGUGCUUCCCAGUGCCCACCGUGGCACUGGCAACGGUGUUGCCGUGGCCUUUAACCGCAUCAUGGGUAUUGUCUCAGCUAUCGUGGCGACUUUUGCAAACACUCAGACGUCGGCGCCUCUGUAUAUCUGUGCGGCUCUCUUCAUUCUUGCUGCUGGUAUUUCAGCAGUAUUCCCCUAUGAGCCAUAUGGACGACGCAGCUCAUAA